UCCUGUUACCAUCCGGCCUAGACGCACAGUUCGGGACCCCCUACCCGAGAUCCGUCGGUUUUGACACCGACAGGGCGUCUAGGUCUCCCUCCAGACGGUGGGUCCUACAGAUCUUCCUUUUCAUUCCUUACGUCCGGUUGGGCCCAGCCUCACUAUUCGCCUUCACUUUUUUUAAAGAGUAUGCCAAUGACGUACCAUAUUUUUAUAAAAGUGAGAAACAACAGUUUGCAAAAGAGACCCGUGGACUGAUGCGAAUAACAUCCCAAGUACACCUGCACCAACUAAAAAGUUAGUCUACUCUCUCAUGAACUAUGCAGCCAUAUCACUCCCACACCGGCUUGUUUCUAACCUUUGAUCUCCUUCAGGAUUUGUUGCACUAGCCUUGUUGGUGUUCAGAUGUGUUCCACUCGAUUCAACACUCUCGUGUUCCUUUGUUUCCACAUAUGCCAAGCGGUGGCGAUUACCAUUGAGUUGAAGCCACGCUCGUCCGGUUGCCGAAAAUUGUCCCAUGUCUGAGCCCAUCAUUCUAUGGAAAAAUCAUUGACCUCUAAAAUGACCCUGCAGCGUGUCAAAACAACAAUGCCAUACCUGUCGCGCCUCGACGCAUUGACUGAGAAUGUGAUCCACAUUAUCUUCAUCGUGCAAACAUGUGUACCACGCAGUGGCGGAUCCAGGACCCAAGCCGGGGGGAGGGGGGCUGAGCCUAGGGCGUGAAGAUGAAGUACUUCCUUCACUGUAGCAUAUUUGGGCACUAUAGUUGUAGUACUGUAGUAGACUAGGCCCGGGACUUGGAUCAAUCCUGGCUCCGCCCCUGAUAGCACACCGAGGAUGCAUCGUGAAGUUUGUGCCGAGCCCUGCGAUCUGAGGUCCACAAACGGUAUUGUGUAGCUAACCAUUCAAAGAUAGCAGAAGGGGGGCAUGACACGGAGUUUUAUGCGAUGGUGUUUAUGUGGAAGAACUCAUUCGAUUAUGAUGGAUUUUACCAUGCCAUUCUAAUAUAUCCCACGAAUCAGCAGCAUCUCCACCACACAAACAAACCAAUAGUUUCCACAUGUGUUUAAGACUUGCUCCUAUUUUAAUAGUGACCUAAACGCUCUUAUAUUUCUAGUACGCUGCAUGUUCCGUGUAUGGGGAUUUGAACUUGCCGUGAUGUCCACGCAGGCGUAACCGCGUAAAGGAUUUUCAGAAUUGCCGCCGGAGACUUGGACUGAAGGAAUAGACCAACCGCGGUCCUGCUACAACAGGUACCGACUGCUUUAAUUCGUUGAUCAUCGACAGUCCGAAUCACUCGGCAGCGGCUUGGUUCAGUUGAGAGACCUGCAAUCAUCCAAACACCAAGAACGAAUUCACUCUCCGAAUCCAACAAAGUCAACAAGUCGUAAUCUCUGAACUUCCUUUAGCCGACUACCCUCCAUCUUCUUCACUACCUGCAGAAUUUUCUGCCUCUUCGGCCACUUCUGACCGGCAUAAUCCCCUGUUCUGCCAUUGAUGCAAUUCGAUCAGCUGCGGGCACCCGUCUCGUCACGAUGGCCGAGAUGGUCGGAUCGCUGGUCGUCGGCGAGGUGGUCAGCAGGACCUCCUCGUUCCUCAUCAGCAAGCACAAGGAGAGGUCGGCGUCGGCCAGCAGCGCAAGCGAGAGCCUGGAGCGGCUGGAGAUGGCGCACAUCAAGAUGGAGGCGGCGCUGGAGGUGUCCGCCCGGUGGCAGGUCACGGACGUGGCGAUGCUGCGGUGGCGGCGGAGGCUGCGGCGCGCCGCCGACGAGUGCGACUCCGCGGCGCACCGCUGGAGGCUGCGGGCCCUGGAGGAGGAGGAGGCCCGGGAGGCGCUCGCGCGCGCGUGGCUCCCGAGCCGGGUCGCGCGCGUCGUGGCCUCCUUCGUGUCGUCGCUCCUCAGCCGCCGCGGCGAGGAGCCCCACGCGAAGGCCGUCCAGAGGUUCGAGAAGCUGGCUGACGGCGCCGGGGAUUUCUUGAGGUGCCUGCAGUCCGGCGGCCCGCCUCGGAGGUGCGCGCUGCUCGAUGACGCCAUUGUCGGGAAGCCUGCUGUGAGUGCGAGUGCGAGGCAUGGUCUGGUUCAGGGAGGCCGGCGGCGAUGCCUGCGCUCGGGAUCCAGGAAGAGCGGGGUGGAGAUUAGACAGCUUGUUCAGUGAUUAUGUUCAGAGGCUGCAGGAAAUGAAUUCUCAUUGUAAUCGUGCCAAUCCAAAGGAGGUGUCAGUUCAGCUAGCUGUUGGAAACAAACUUUAGGGAUAAACGUGAGAGGAUCUUAAGCC